AACGGGCGGUUGUCAGAAACAAACUACUUGCUCUCUAAACCCAGGGCUCGUUCCUCUGGUCCCAUCCACUCUGGUCUCUCCUGAUUCGAUAUCUGUGCCUUUCAGCAUCUAGUAAAUUAGCUGGUACUAUGUAUUUCUUUCAAGUUGUAGUUUUAGCUGUCUUCGGUUUAGUUAUUUCUGGUUCUGAGGCGAACGAUGGGGAUCAUCCACUAAUUUUACAAGAACGUAAUUUUCUACCUGAGAUAACACAAGAUGACUUUCGUGAAGCCUUGAAACGAGGAUUGGACCUAGACACGGGAAGGAGCCUUUUGGGUUUAAUACUGUCACAGAUUUUGAACGUUGAUUUUAAUACGACAUUAUCUCCUCAAUGUACAGCGGGAAUCGUAAGCUUGAUUAAGGACUUGACAACAUCUCAGUUUUGGGCUAUACAGAUGUUCGAUGCUUCUGCGAAGAUAGAAAGUGGAAUUUUGAACGGAAAAUUCAGUUUUAUUGGCUCGUACGACGAAUGUCUGAACGUUCAGAGACCGAAACAAUCUACAGCGCCGCCAGAUGUCGGAAUUUCUGAUAUUAAAGGACAAUACUGUGUCGUUUAUUUGAAACCGAUCCCUCCUCAAUGGAACACGACUCAAACACAGAUUGAUGACUUAGAUCAUAAUGAGUUUAUCAAUGCCCCAGAAGUUUGGAGGGGAGGCGAUACUUUUGGUUCCAUGAUGGGAUCUGUUCAAGGCCUAGGUUCCUACAUGGCGUACCGUGCUGGAUUAUGUUUACCCAGUUCUUGUUCGCUUAUGGACUUGAAUCUCAUGUUAAAGAGUUCUUUAUCUCAAGUUCCUGUCGAAACGAAUGCACUUAGGUGUGAAGGAAACGAAACUCAUCCACUAACAGUAGAACAGAUUUUCGUCAUAACGCUUUUUAGUGUGCUCCUGGCCCUUCUUGUUCUUGGUACGUUACUAGACAUCUUGUUCUAUCUGCAGAGAAGAAGAACACGUGCAAACGAUGCAAUAUCAGCAUCGAAGGGUAAAAUAUCACAGUUCCUUCUUUGUUUUUCUGCCUAUACAAACGGACAGAAAAUCUUGAAUACAAAAACAAAUUCGGAUACCAUGGGAGCGCUACAUGGUAUCCGGUUUCUCAGUAUGACGUGGGUACUGAUUGGCCAUACGUACGCUUUCAUAAAUUUUCAGUCAGCCGAAAACCUUAUAGAGAUGACAAAGAUUGGCACAAACUUCGCAUUCCUUGCUGUUUCUAAUGCUACAGUUUCUGUUGAUACAUUUUUCUUUUUGAGUGGUUUACUGGUGACCUACAUUACCUUAAAAGUGAUGAAGAAAAAUAACGGCCAUUUAAAUUUACCUCUGUACUAUUUUCAUCGGUUUUUGAGAUUGACGCCACCUUACGCCCUCAUUAUCGCCCUCACCGUUGUUUGGAAAGUCAUGUCACGUGGCCCAUUUUGGAACGAUAUUGUCGUUAGUCAGGCAAAUUUUUGUCAAAAAACCUGGUGGGCAUCACUUCUUUACAUCAGCAACUUCGUGAAAUCCCAAGAAAUUUGUCUUGCCCAUGGAUGGUACCUGUCCAAUGAUAUGCAGUUCUUUGUGUUGACUCCCCUAAUCCUUAUUCCUCUCUAUAAAAAGCCAAUUGCAGGACUUAUCAUCAACUUCCUGUUUCUUCUGGGAACCACAAUAACACCAGGUGUCUUGAACUACGUGAAUGACUUCCCACCUUAUGGUGUGUUAGGUGGAGACAUUAAGACAAUAAUGGAUCAAUUCAAGACGAUUUACAUCAAACCGUACUGUCGUAUGGGGCCAUAUUGCGUAGGAAUUUUUGUGGCCUACUUUCUCUUGAAACACAAAAAUAUCAAACUGAAACCGAUUAUCCAAGUGAUCGGAUGGUCACUUUCCAUCGCUUGCAACCUCUCUAUAAUCUAUGGUAUCUACCCGUGGAACAAAGGUCACUUGCCCAGUACUGAAGUGGCGGCAAUUUAUACAGCUACUCACCGGACAGCGUGGUCAUUAGGCUUAGCUUGGUUGACGAUAGCUUGCGUGACGGGACACGGUGUAAAUGAGGAACAAGGUUUACCACUACCUGAAAAACGUGGCUUUACAUCUGACCUGAGGAACAUGGGAUCAGUGUACUUGUUCUUUGGCUUUCUCGUUAUGACCAUGGCAUUGGCCUUUGUUUGUUCUAUUGCGUUUGAAAGUCCUUUUAUGGCAUUAGAAAAGCUAAUAUUGCCGAGAGAGGAAAAGCAAGUCGAGAAACCUUUACCACUGGAGAAUAUAAACGGUAAUGGUGGGACUCAUGCUGUAACCGUUAAUGAUGAAGAACCAGCAGGACUUGAUAACCCAGGUUUCACUAAAGACCCCAUUCCUCCUAAUAUGUAACCUUGUUCUCCAGGAACUAAAAAAUAUUAAUACAUAGAGAAAACAUUUAGAAAAUACCUUUGUAUUUAUUUAAAGAUUUUUCUCCUUGAAGGGUUUUUACUAUAAUGGUUAUGAAACAAGAAAAAUUAUAUACCUUAUUAAACGUGUAAUGAUAAUUAUAUUUCAAACUAAAGGUGAAUGAAAUGUGUAGAAAAAUCAUAUUUUUAGUCGUAUAUGUACAGACGUGUACGUACACAU